AUGUUUGUUGUGUGCGCGCUGGGAUGGGCUGCGACGCUUCUUUUGGGGAAUGCGCUGGUUGUGCUCGCCGUGGAGAUAUGCUGCACUGCAGUCAGGCGCAUCAGAAAUGGGCUUAUUUUGGGAAGAAUGCGCGGAAAGUGGGCAGUUGUAACGGGGUGCACGGACGGAAUUGGCCUGAGCAUGGCGAGAGAGCUUGCCCGCUGCAAAGUGAACCUGAUUUUGGUCAGCAGGUCCCCGGAGAAGCUGGAGGCUUUGCGGCAGGACCUUUCCAAGGAGGUCGAGGCGAAGGUGAUUCCCAUAGACUUUGAGCAGGAGGUGGACUUCCGCAGCGCCCUGGAGCCUGCAAGAGAGUGCUCUCCGUGCCUGCUGGUGAAUAACGUGGGCGUGAAUGAGGCAGGACCCACUGCAUUCGCUGAGCACACGGAGAAAAGCAUCCACAGGAUCCUGCAGGUGAACAUAGUGAAUACAAUCGGAAUAACGAAAGAGUUCCUCGCGUGGGGGGCAUCCCCCGCCGGGAAAAGGUACAUUUUGUCGACAGGAUCCAUGCUGGGGAUCAUGCCGAGUCCCUUCCAGCAGGUUUACGCUGGGUCAAAGGCUUUCCUGCAGGCGUGGAUGGACUCUGUCGCGAGCGAGCCCACGGACUGCCACUGCGAGGUGCUUAUGACGGGCCUGGUCUGCUCGAAGCUUUCCGGCGCGAAGAAGCCGAACCUUUUCACGCCCUCCGCGGAGCUGUACGGGCAGAACUGCAUCCACUCCUUCGGGACCGGGCACGUUACGUACCCGUAUUUUCCGCACUUCAUUCUCAGCAUGUUUCUGCGCGUACUUCCGGGCUCUCUGGUGGGAGCGGCCAUGCGCAGGGUUGGAGAAGCCGUUCGCGCCAUGAAGAGGAGGAAGAGCGAGGCCGCAGCAAAGAAGAAGGAGUAG